AUGCAAUUCAGAACUUUAUCAUUAUUAGCUGUUGUUUCAUUAGCUCAAGCUGCUUCCACUGAAAUUGAAACUGUCACUGAUAACCAUACUACUGAAGUUACUAUCACUUCAUGUUCAGGUCACCCAGAUUGUGUUGCUGAUGUUGCUACUACUUCAGAAACCGUUGUUACUACUACUGUCAAUGGUGUCGAAACUUUAUACACUACCAUCUGUGAAGAAACUGUUUCACCAGCUGUCAAAGUCCCAGAAGUUUCAGAAGUUCCAUCAUCAUCAAGUGAGGAAAUCAUUUACGUUGAUGAAACCACCACUCCAACUGUUACUGCAUCAACCGGUGUUGAACUUACUAUCACUCAACAAUCCACUUUAUUAUCAUCUUACUCAGCUAGUAACUCUUCCCUCGCUGGUGUUGCUGCUUUCGAAGGUGGUGCUAACCAAAACAUGGUUUACGGUGCUGCUGGUUUAGUCGGUUUAGCUGCUUACUUAUUCUAA